AUGAACACAACAGCAUUUUCUCAGAACUGGAAUGGGACUGUCAACCCAAAGCUUAUACAAGGCGACUACCAUCCAUAUUCACUCAACAACCCAUGGGUUAGCAAUGGUGGCAACCCUCUAAAGACUGAACAAAGUCUCAAUGCAAAUCCUUUCUUCCGUCAGUACGCAGAGGACGCCUUCCUUCCUAAUUAUACUUCCCCGGCUCCCGACUACUCGUAUAAUUUCCAGGACCUUUUCAAUACAAACUACGCACAAGAUUCCUCAUCGCUUUUGCAACCUUUCCAACCAAACGCUUCUCUGUCGCAGAUACCGACACAGGCUAUUAACGCGCAUGAUCAGAUCGACGUUGCUCCUUUCGAAUUUCCUCCAUUCACGCAAUUUGAUCCAACUAUGAAUUUACCACCAGUCCAGUCUAUCUUUGACGAAUCUUUCGUUGGUACCUUGGACGCUACUUCCACUCCACCCGUUCCAAGCCUGCUGGACCGCGAACAUGUUCCCCUGGCUGGACUCUCGGAGGGGACAGCGCUCCCUGAUGCUGAACCUUUCCAAAGUGGAAAACGUAUGUCAAUUGCUAUUAAGAUAGAAGAUUGUUCGAGUGCCUUACCCUCCACUGAAGCUUCCCCGCCAUCGUCCAGAACUGCCCCCACUUCAGCUGCUAUCUCUUUCCAGUGCUUCACCUCCGCCGACUUCACUAAUUCUUCCCAUGCCUCUGCUCUGGUCCCCACAAGGCGUCGCUCUAAGUUCAUCAAGGAAGACCCAAACUGCGGAUAUUUUGUCGAGUAUGAUGCACUAGGGAAGAAAUUCUACCAGUGCAAAACAUGCCCCAAUAUGGGAACUUACCACAGAGGCGAUAUGUGUCGCCACCAGAUGUCGAGUAAGCACAAGGCCCCCAGCUUUUGUUGCACCUUGUGCGACAAGAAGUUCACCCGCCCGGAUGCCCUCAAGCGUCAUAUGAGUCGGGAGAAUGCGCACAUACCCAAACCUAGACGAAAGUACAUGGGGCCCGUAAAUGCUGAAGUGACAGAGGGGAGACCAUUGAAGUGGGCAAGGAUUGGCGGUUUCACUGGAAGCGAUCUCCUUGAAUCCCAGGCUCACUUCUAA